CUCAGCAGCAGGAGCAGACACUGGGCUUUGUGUGGCUGUCUCGGGAUGUCGGACGCGGGUGGCGGAGGUCCCGGCGGGGGCGGCGAGGAGGGCGGCCUGGAGGUGCCGGGCUCGGCGGUGCAGAAUGUGGCCGAUGUCUCGGUGCUGCAGAAGCACCUGCGCAAGCUGGUGCCGCUGCUGCUGGAGGACGGCGGGGAGGUCCCGGCCGCGCUCGAGGCGGCGCUGGAGGAGAAGGGCGCCGUGGAGCAGAUGCGCAAGUUCCUCUCCGACCCGCAGGUGCACACGGUGCUGGUGGAGCGCUCCACGCUCAAGGAGGAUGUAGGUGAUGAAGGAGAAGAGGAAAGAGAAUUCAUAUCCUAUAGCAUUAAUACUGACAUUCAUUAUGGGCUGAAGUCAAACAGUUUGGCAUUCAUUAAGCGUACACCAGUGAUCGAUGCUGACAAACCAGUGUCCUCCCAACUGAGAGUGCUUACUCUUAGUGAAGAUUCUCCUUAUGAAACAUUGCAUUCUUUCAUUAGCAAUGCUGUUGCUCCCUUUUUUAAGUCCUAUAUCAGAGAGUCUGGCAAAGCAGACAGAGAUGGUGAUAAAAUGGCUCCAUCAGUUGAGAAGAAAAUUGCAGAACUUGAAAUGGGACUGCUGCACUUGCAGCAGAAUAUUGAAAUUCCAGAGAUCAGUUUGCCAAUUCAUCCAAUUAUUACUAAUGUUGCCAAACAAUGUUAUGAGCGUGGAGAAAAGCCAAAGGUUACUGACUUUGGUGACAAAGUUGAGGACCCAACUUUUCUCAACCAACUACAGUCUGGAGUUAACCGAUGGAUUAGAGAAAUCCAAAAGGUGACCAAACUGGAUCGAGAUCCUGCCUCAGGCACGGCUUUACAGGAAAUUAGUUUCUGGCUGAACUUGGAACGUGCUCUGUACCGCAUUCAGGAGAAGCGUGAAAGCCCAGAAGUCCUCCUGACGCUCGAUAUCUUGAAACAUGGCAAACGUUUUCAUGCUACUGUCAGCUUUGACACAGACACAGGCCUAAAACAGGCAUUGGAAACUGUAAAUGACUACAAUCCACUGAUGAAAGACUUUCCUUUGAAUGACUUAUUGUCUGCUACUGAACUGGACAAAAUAAGACAGGCACUUGUGGCAAUAUUCACCCAUCUGAGAAAAAUCAGAAAUACAAAGUACCCCAUUCAAAGGGCACUGCGUCUAGUGGAAGCCAUUUCAAGAGACCUGAGUUCUCAGCUACUUAAAGUAUUGGGAACCAGAAAACUGAUGCAUGUUGCCUAUGAAGAGUUUGAAAAGGUUAUGGUUGCAUGUUUUGAAGUCUUCCAAACUUGGGAUGAUGAGUAUGAGAAACUACAAGUGUUGCUGAGAGACAUUGUGAAGAGAAAGAGAGAAGAGAAUUUGAAGAUGGUGUGGCGUAUCAAUCCUGCUCACAGGAAACUGCAAGCUCGUCUUGAUCAAAUGAGGAAGUUCAGGCGCCAGCAUGAGCAGCUGAGAGCAGUUAUUGUGAGAGUCCUAAGACCUCAGGUCACUGCUGUUGCUCAGCAGAAUCAAGGAGAUGUACCUGAACCCCAGGAUAUGAAGGUAGCAGAAGUCCUUUUUGAUGCUGCAGAUGCUAAUGCUAUUGAAGAAGUAAAUCUUGCUUAUGAGAAUGUUAAAGAAGUAGAUGGCUUAGAUGUUUCCAAAGAAGGUACAGAAGCUUGGGAGGCGGCAAUGAAACGGUAUGAUGAAAGAAUUGAUAGGGUUGAAACAAGAAUAACUGCUCGUCUACGAGACCAGCUUGGCACAGCUAAGAAUGCUAAUGAAAUGUUCAGGAUCUUCUCCAGAUUCAAUGCUUUGUUUGUCAGGCCUCACAUUCGGGGUGCUAUUCGUGAAUAUCAAACACAAUUGAUCCAGCGUGUAAAAGACGAUAUCGAGUCUCUUCAUGACAAAUUCAAGGUACAAUAUCCACAAAGUCAGGCUUGCAAAAUGAGUCAUGUUCGUGACUUGCCUCCUGUGUCUGGUUCUAUAAUCUGGGCCAAACAGAUUGAUCGACAGCUCACAGCCUACAUGAAGCGUGUCGAAGAUGUGCUUGGCAAAGGUUGGGAGAACCAUGUUGAAGGCCAGAAGCUGAAGCAGGAUGGAGACAGCUUCCGUAUGAAGCUCAACACUCAAGAAAUAUUUGAUGACUGGGCAAGGAAGGUUCAGCAGCGCAACCUUGGUGUGUGUGGCCGUAUCUUCACUAUUGAAAGCACUCGUGUUAGAGGCCGAACUGGAAAUGUCCUCAAACUGAAAGUCAACUUUCUCCCAGAAAUAAUUACACUCUCCAAAGAAGUCCGCAACCUUAAGUGGUUUGGAUUUCGUGUUCCACUUGCAAUUGUCAACAAAGCUCACCAAGCAAAUCAACUCUAUCCUUUUGCUAUUUCUCUGAUUGAAAGUGUCCGUACGUAUGAACGGACCUGUGAGAAAGUGGAAGAGCGUAACACUAUAUCUCUGCUGGUAGCCGGUCUAAAGAAGGAAGUGCAGGCUUUGAUUGGAGAAGGUAUUGCCCUGGUGUGGGAGUCAUACAAACUUGACCCCUAUGUACAACGCCUAGCAGAGACUGUCUUCAGCUUCCAAGAAAAGGUGGAUGAUCUGCUCAUUAUUGAAGAAAAAAUAGACCUGGAAGUUCGAUCCUUGGAAACCUGCAUGUAUGAUCAUAAGACUUUUUCAGAAAUCUUGAACAGAGUUCAAAAAGCUGUGGAUGACUUGAAUCUUCAUUCCUAUUCCAAUUUGCCCAUCUGGGUCAACAAGUUGGAUAUGGAGAUUGAACGAAUACUAGGCGUUCGUCUACAGGCUGGGCUGAGAGCUUGGACCCAAGUUCUUCUUGGACAAGCUGAUGAUAAAGCAGAAGUUGACAUGGAUACAGAUGCGCCUCAAGUCAGUCACAAACCUGGAGGGGAGCCUAAGAUCAAAAAUAUUGUGCAUGAACUGAGGAUAACCAACCAGGUGAUUUAUUUGAAUCCACCAAUUGAAGAAUGCAGAUAUAAGCUCUAUCAAGAAAUGUUUUCCUGGAAAAUGGUAAUACUAUCCUUACCCAGAAUUCAAAGUCAAAGAUACCAGGUGGGUGUACACUAUGAGUUGUCUGAGGAAGAGAAGUUCUAUCGGAAUGCCUUAACACGGAUGCCCGAUGGUCCUGUAGCGCUGGAAGAGUCUUAUUCAGCUGUUAUGGGCAUUGUGACAGAGGUUGAACAGUAUGUUAAGGUGUGGCUGCAGUACCAGUGCUUAUGGGAUAUGCAAGCAGAAAACAUAUACAACCGUCUUGGAGAAGACUUAAAUAAGUGGCAAGCCCUCUUAGUUCAGAUAAGGAAGGCUAGAGGAACCUUUGACAAUGCAGAAACCAGGAAGGAAUUUGGACCUGUUAUCAUAGACUAUGGGAAGGUACAAUCUAAGGUGAACUUGAAAUAUGACUCUUGGCAUAAGGAAGUACUCAGUAAAUUUGGCCAAAUGCUAGGUCAGAACAUGACGGAGUUCCACUCUCAAAUUUCUAAGUCCCGUCAAGAGUUGGAGCAGCAUUCAGUUGACACUGCUAGCACAUCAGAUGCAGUGACAUUCAUCACAUAUGUACAAUCCCUGAAACGUAAAAUCAAGCAGUUUGAGAAACAAGUUGAGCUUUACCGCAAUGGUCAGCGCUUGCUAGAGAAACAGAGGUUCCAGUUCCCUUCCUCCUGGUUAUACAUUGACAACAUUGAAGGAGAGUGGGGUGCUUUCAAUGACAUAAUGCGUCGCAAGGAUUCUGCCAUUCAGCAACAAGUAGCAAACUUGCAAAUGAAGAUAGUUCAAGAGGAUCGAGCAGUGGAGAGCCGUACAACUGACCUGCUGACUGACUGGGAGAAAACCAAACCUGUGACAGGAAACUUGCGUCCAGAGGAGGCUCUUCAAGCACUUACCAUUUACGAAGGGAAAUUUGGUAGGUUGAAAGAUGAUCGUGAGAAAUGUGCAAAGGCCAAAGAGGCUCUUGAGCUAACAGAUACAGGACUACUCAGUGGCAGUGAAGAACGUGUGCAGGUAGCUUUAGAAGAGUUACAAGACCUCAAAGGAGUUUGGUCUGAGCUUUCCAAGGUCUGGGACCAGAUUGAUCAGAUGAAGGAGCAGCCAUGGGUUUCAGUACAGCCUCGCAAGCUUCGUCAAAAUUUGGAUGGCUUACUGAACCAGUUGAAAAACUUCCCUGCUCGUUUGCGGCAGUAUGCCUCCUAUGAAUAUGUUCAGAGACUUCUGAAGGGUUACAUGAAGAUAAACAUGUUGGUGAUUGAAUUGAAAUCUGAGGCUCUUAAAGAUCGUCACUGGAAGCAGCUGAUGAAGAGACUUCAUGUUAACUGGGUUGUCUCUGAACUAACCCUGGGACAGAUCUGGGAUGUUGACUUGCAGAAGAAUGAAGCAAUUGUCAAAGAUGUACUUCUUGUGGCUCAAGGAGAGAUGGCUUUGGAAGAGUUCUUGAAACAGAUAAGAGAAGUGUGGAACACUUACGAACUGGAUUUGGUUAACUAUCAGAACAAAUGUCGUUUGAUUCGUGGUUGGGAUGAUCUCUUCAACAAGGUGAAGGAGCACAUUAACAGCGUGUCUGCCAUGAAGUUGUCACCAUACUACAAGGUGUUUGAAGAAGAUGCCCUUAGCUGGGAGGACAAAUUGAAUCGCAUCAUGGCACUCUUUGAUGUCUGGAUAGAUGUCCAAAGGCGAUGGGUCUACCUGGAGGGGAUCUUCACUGGUAGUGCUGAUAUUAAGCACUUGUUGCCUGUUGAAACACAGAGGUUCCAAAGCAUCAGUACUGAGUUUCUGGCACUUAUGAAAAAGGUAUCCAAAUCUCCCCUUGUGAUGGAUGUUCUUAACAUCCAAGGUGUACAAAGGUCACUGGAGAGAUUAGCAGACUUGCUUGGAAAGAUCCAGAAAGCAUUGGGAGAAUACCUGGAGAGGGAGAGAUCCUCCUUUCCUCGGUUCUACUUCGUUGGUGAUGAGGACUUACUCGAAAUCAUAGGAAACAGCAAGAAUGUAGCUAAGCUGCAGAAACAUUUCAAGAAAAUGUUUGCUGGAGUGUCUAGCAUCAUCCUGAAUGAAGAUAACUCUGUUGUUCUGGGGAUCUCAUCACGUGAAGGAGAGGAGGUGCUGUUCAAAACACCUGUGUCUAUCACAGAACAUCCCAAGAUCAAUGAGUGGCUCACACUUGUUGAAAGAGAAAUGAGGGUCACACUUGCAAAGCUGCUUGCUGAGUCUGUGACUGAAGUAGAAAUCUUUGGUAAAGCAACUUCAAUUGAUCCAGUUCUCUAUAUUUCUUGGAUUGACAAAUAUCAGGCCCAGCUUGUUGUCCUGUCAGCCCAAAUUGCAUGGUCAGAGAAUGUGGAAUCCGCUCUGAAUGGCAUGGGUGGUGGAGGAGACAGCAGUCCUCUGCACUCUGUGCUGGCUAAUGUCGAGGUCACACUGAAUGUGUUAGCAGACUCUGUGUUGAUGGAACAGCCACCUCUCCGCAGAAGGAAAUUGGAACACUUGAUUACAGAGUUAGUGCACCAACGAGAUGUUACAAGAUCACUGAUCAAAAGUAAGAUUGACAACUCCAAAUCCUUUGAGUGGCUCAGCCAGAUGCGAUUCUACUUUGACCCAAAACAGACCGAUGUGUUGCAACAGCUGUCCAUUCAGAUGGCAAAUGCCAAAUUCAACUAUGGCUUUGAGUAUCUUGGUGUUCAGGAUAAACUAGUUCAGACUCCUCUUACUGACCGCUGUUACCUGACAAUGACGCAAGCCUUGGAGGCAAGACUUGGAGGCUCACCAUUUGGUCCUGCUGGUACUGGCAAAACAGAAUCUGUAAAGGCCCUUGGACACCAGCUUGGCCGCUUUGUUCUGGUUUUCAACUGUGAUGAAACAUUUGACUUCCAGGCAAUGGGACGCAUCUUUGUGGGACUUUGUCAAGUGGGCGCAUGGGGCUGCUUUGAUGAGUUCAACAGACUUGAGGAGCGUAUGCUUUCUGCUGUUUCUCAGCAGGUUCAGUGCAUCCAGGAAGCCUUACGAGAACAUUGCAAUCCAAACUAUGACAAGACUUCUGCACCGAUUACUUGUGAGCUGCUGAAUAAACAAGUUAAAGUGAGCCCAGACAUGGCUAUCUUCAUCACCAUGAAUCCUGGUUAUGCGGGUAGAUCAAAUCUUCCAGACAACUUGAAGAAGCUGUUCCGUAGCUUGGCAAUGACAAAGCCAGACCGCCAGCUGAUUGCCCAGGUCAUGUUGUACUCUCAGGGUUUCCGUACUGCUGAAGUGCUUGCCAAUAAGAUUGUCCCUUUCUUCAAACUCUGUGAUGAGCAGCUCUCCUCUCAAAGUCAUUAUGACUUUGGCUUAAGAGCUUUGAAGAGUGUACUGAUUAGUGCAGGAAAUGUGAAGAGGGAGAGGAUUCAGAAGAUAAAGCGGGAGAAGGAAGAGCGUGGUGAAGUUGUUGAUGAAGGGGAAAUUGCAGAGAACCUACCUGAACAAGAGAUUUUGAUCCAGAGUGUGUGUGAAACAAUGGUACCCAAACUUGUUGCAGAAGACAUCCCAUUGCUCUUCAGUCUCUUGUCCGAUGUAUUCCCUGGAGUACAGUAUCACCGUGGUGAAAUGACAGCCCUGCGAGAGGAGCUUAAGAAAGUGUGUCAAGAAAUGUACCUUACAUAUGGUGAUGGAGAAGAAGUUGGUGGCAUGUGGGUCGAAAAGGUUCUUCAACUGUAUCAGAUUACCCAGAUCAAUCAUGGGUUGAUGAUGGUGGGUCCUUCUGGAAGUGGAAAGAGCAUGGCUUGGAGAGUGCUGCUAAAAGCACUGGAGCGGUUAGAGGGUGUAGAAGGUGUUGCUCACAUCAUUGAUCCAAAAGCAAUCAGCAAAGAUCACCUCUAUGGUACUUUGGAUCCAAAUACCAGAGAAUGGACAGAUGGAUUGUUCACACAUGUCCUGAGAAAGAUCAUAGACAAUGUGAGAGGUGAAUUGCAAAAACGACAGUGGAUCAUCUUUGAUGGGGACGUAGAUCCUGAAUGGGUGGAGAACUUAAACUCCGUGUUGGAUGACAACAAACUGCUGACUCUACCCAAUGGAGAACGUCUCAGCCUUCCACCAAAUGUGUCGAUUACAGGUGAAUGGGUCCCAUGGCAGUCCAAGGUUCCUCAGAUUGAAGUUGAGACCCACAAGGUUGCUGCUCCUGAUGUUGUAGUACCAACCCUAGAUACCGUCCGCCAUGAAGCUUUGCUGUAUACUUGGCUCGCGGAACACAAACCCCUGGUGCUCUGUGGCCCACCAGGUUCUGGAAAGACUAUGACCCUUUUCAGUGCUCUUCGAGCCCUCCCCGAUAUGGAGGUGGUCGGACUUAACUUCUCUAGUGCUACUACCCCAGAGCUACUUUUGAAAACUUUUGAUCAUUACUGUGAGUACAGGCGUACACCUAAUGGAGUGGUGCUGGCUCCUGUGCAGCUAGGAAAGUGGCUGGUGCUGUUCUGUGAUGAAAUCAACUUGCCAGAUAUGGAUAAGUAUGGCACGCAGAGAGUCAUCUCCUUCAUUAGACAGAUGGUGGAACAUGGAGGCUUCUACCGUACAUCGGAUCAGACCUGGGUGAAAUUAGAGAGGAUUCAGUUUGUUGGAGCUUGUAACCCGCCUACCGAUCCUGGAAGGAAACCACUUUCACAUAGAUUUUUACGCCAUGUCCCUGUGGUGUAUGUGGACUAUCCUGGGCCAGCAUCACUUACUCAGAUAUAUGGAACAUUCAAUCGUGCAAUGCUGAGGCUUAUCCCAUCGCUUCGCACAUAUGCAGAACCUCUUACUGCUGCCAUGGUAGAAUUCUACACAAUGUCACAGGAAAGGUUCACCCAGGACACACAACCACACUACAUCUAUUCACCUCGUGAAAUGACUCGAUGGGUGAGAGGUAUCUUUGAAGCUUUAAGACCAUUAGAAACUUUACCUGUCGAAGGUCUUAUUAGGAUUUGGGCACACGAAGCCUUGCGUCUCUUCCAAGACAGACUUGUGGAAGAUGAGGAGAGACGUUGGACUGAUGAAAACAUUGAUAUCGUAGCUCUGAAACAUUUCCCCAACAUAGACAAAGAGAGAGCUAUGAGCAGACCCAUCUUGUACAGCAAUUGGUUGUCAAAGGAUUAUAUCCCAGUGGAUCAGGAAGAGCUGAGAGACUAUGUAAAAGCCAGGCUGAAAGUGUUUUAUGAAGAAGAACUUGAUGUGCCACUAGUGCUGUUCAAUGAAGUUUUGGAUCAUGUACUAAGAAUUGACCGAAUCUUCCGCCAGCCUCAGGGUCACUUGCUUCUCAUUGGAGUUAGUGGAGCUGGGAAAACUACUCUCUCACGAUUCGUGGCUUGGAUGAAUGGUUUAAGUGUUUACCAAAUAAAGGUGCAUAGAAAAUACACAGGUGAAGACUUUGAUGAAGAUCUAAGAACGGUUUUAAGACGCUCUGGCUGCAAGAAUGAGAAAAUAGCAUUUAUAAUGGAUGAGUCAAAUGUACUGGAUUCUGGAUUCCUGGAGAGAAUGAAUACUCUUCUGGCCAAUGGAGAGGUUCCUGGUCUCUUUGAAGGAGAUGAAUAUGCCACCCUUAUGACUCAAUGUAAAGAGGGAGCACAGAAAGAAGGCUUAAUGCUAGAUUCACAUGAAGAACUGUACAAAUGGUUCACCAGUCAAGUUAUUCGCAAUCUCCAUGUUGUGUUCACCAUGAACCCAUCUUCUGAGGGCCUGAAGGACAGAGCAGCUACUUCUCCAGCUCUCUUCAACAGGUGUGUCUUGAACUGGUUUGGAGACUGGUCAACUGAAGCACUGUACCAAGUUGGCAAAGAGUUUACAAGCAAAAUGGAUCUCGAGAAGCCAAACUACAUUGUGCCAGACUAUAUGCCAGUUGUGUACGAUAAAUUGCCACAACCGCCAUCACAUAGGGAAGCUAUUGUAAAUAGCUGUGUAUUUGUUCACCAGACCCUUCAUCAGGCUAACGCUCGUCUAGCAAAACGGGGAGGCAGAACUAUGGCCAUCACACCACGUCACUAUUUGGACUUCAUCAACCAUUAUGCCAACUUGUUCAAUGAGAAAAGGAGUGAGCUGGAGGAACAGCAGAUGCAUUUGAAUGUUGGUCUUAGAAAGAUCAAGGAAACUGUUGACCAGGUGGAAGAACUGCGUAGGGACUUGAGAAUAAAAAGCCAGGAAUUGGAAGUGAAGAAUGCAGCAGCUAAUGACAAGCUGAAAAAAAUGGUGAAGGAUCAGCAAGAAGCUGAGAAGAAAAAGGUUAUGAGCCAAGACAUUCAAGAGCAGCUUCACAAACAGCAAGCAGUAAUUGCAGAUAAGCAAAUGAGUGUGAAGGAGGAUCUAGACAAAGUUGAGCCUGCUGUCAUUGAAGCUCAGAAUGCUGUAAAAUCAAUAAAGAAGCAGCAUCUGGUAGAGGUCCGUUCUAUGGCCAACCCACCUGCAGCAGUGAAGCUAGCACUAGAGUCCAUCUGUCUACUAUUGGGUGAAAGUACAACUGACUGGAAACAGAUACGUUCCAUCAUUAUGAGGGAAAACUUCAUUCCAACUAUUGUAAACUUUUCUGCUGAGGAGAUCAGUGAUUCCAUCCGGGAAAAGAUGAAGAAGAAUUACAUGUCAAAUCCAAGUUACAAUUAUGAAAUCGUAAACCGAGCAUCCUUAGCGUGUGGUCCCAUGGUGAAAUGGGCAAUUGCACAGCUGAAUUAUGCUGAUAUGUUGAAACGAGUGGAACCCCUCCGCAAUGAGCUACAGAAACUGGAGGAUGAUGCCAAAGACAAUCAACAGAAAGCUAAUGAGGUGGAACAGAUGAUUCGUGAUCUUGAGGCCAGUAUUGCUCGCUACAAGGAAGAGUAUGCAGUGCUGAUUUCAGAGGCUCAAGCAAUUAAGGCAGACUUGGCUGCAGUUGAAGCAAAAGUAAACCGUAGCACAGCUCUCUUGAAGAGUCUGUCUGCUGAACGUGAAAGAUGGGAGAAGACAAGUGAAACCUUCAAGAACCAGAUGUCCACUAUUGCAGGAGACUGUUUGCUUUCAGGAGCUUUUAUUGCUUAUGCUGGUUACUUUGACCAGCAGAUGCGACAGAACUUGUUCACUACAUGGUCCCAUCACUUGCAGCAAGCAAAUAUCCAGUUCCGUACAGACAUUGCAAGGACAGAAUACCUUUCCAAUGCAGAUGAGCGUCUUCGCUGGCAAGCAAGUUCUCUACCUGCAGAUGACCUGUGCACAGAAAAUGCUAUCAUGCUUAAGCGGUUUAAUAGGUAUCCACUGAUCAUUGAUCCUUCUGGACAAGCCACAGAGUUCAUUAUGAAUGAAUACAAGGACCGUAAGAUCACUCGUACUAGCUUUUUGGAUGAUGCUUUCAGAAAGAACUUGGAAAGUGCAUUGAGAUUUGGUAACCCUCUACUCGUCCAGGAUGUGGAGAGCUAUGACCCAGUUCUGAAUCCUGUGCUGAAUCGUGAAGUCCGGAGAACUGGAGGUCGAGUGCUUAUUACCCUGGGAGACCAAGAUAUUGACUUGUCACCGUCCUUUGUCAUCUUCCUCUCCACCAGAGAUCCAACAGUUGAAUUUCCCCCGGAUCUCUGCUCUCGUGUUACGUUUGUCAAUUUCACAGUAACUCGCAGUAGUUUACAGAGCCAGUGUCUGAAUGAGGUUCUGAAAGCUGAAAGACCAGAUGUUGAUGAAAAACGUUCUGACCUCCUUAAACUUCAAGGUGAAUUCCAACUGCGUUUGCGGCAGUUAGAAAAAUCUCUGCUACAAGCUCUCAAUGAAGUAAAGGGACGUAUUUUAGAUGACGACACAAUCAUAACUACUUUGGAGAACCUAAAGAAGGAAGCAGCAGAGGUCACUAGAAAAGUAGAAGAGACUGAUAUUGUCAUGCAAGAGGUGGAGACUGUAUCUCAGCAGUAUUUACCACUUUCUACAGCAUGCAGUAGUAUCUACUUCACAAUGGAGUCACUGAAACAGAUACACUUCUUAUACCAGUAUUCUCUCCAGUUUUUCUUGGACAUCUAUCAUAAUGUCUUGUAUGAGAACCCAAAUUUGAAGGGAAUUACAGACCAUACCCAGCGUCUCUCAAUCAUCACAAAAGACCUCUUCCAGGUGGCUUUCAAUAGAGUAGCUCGUGGCAUGCUACAUCAGGAUCACAUAACCUUUGCUAUGCUGUUGGCCAGAAUUAAACUUAAAGGCACAAUUGGGGAGCCUACAUAUGAUGCGGAAUUCCAGCAUUUCUUAAGAGGAAAAGAAAUUGUACUCAGCACAGCAUCUCUCCCAAAGAUCAGUGGACUUUCAACAGAACAAAUAGAAGCUAUGAUGAGAUUGAGCUGCCUUCCUGAGUUUAAGGACCUGGUUUCUAAGGUUCAAUCUGAUGAGCAAUUCUGUAUCUGGCUGGAUAGCAGUUCACCAGAGCAGACUGUGCCAUACAUUUGGUCUGAAGAAAAACCUGCAACACCCAUUGGGCAGGCCAUUCAUCGUUUACUCUUGAUCCAGGCAUUCCGUCCAGAUCGUCUGCUGGCCAUGGCACAUGCCUUUGUUUCAGCAAACCUUGGCGAAUCCUUUAUGUCUAUUAUGGAGCAGCCAUUAGAUCUGACACACAUUGUAAAUACUGAGGUGAAACCUAAUACUCCUGUACUGAUGUGUUCUGUACCUGGCUAUGAUGCCAGUGGCCAUGUUGAAGAUCUUGCAGCUGAACAAAACACACAGAUUACCUCUAUUGCUAUAGGCUCUGCUGAAGGAUUUAAUCAAGCAGAUAAGGCAAUAAACACAGCAGUGAAAUCUGGCAGGUGGGUGAUGCUAAAGAAUGUCCAUCUGGCUCCUGGUUGGUUGAUGCAGCUAGAGAAGAAGCUGCAUUCUUUACAACCUCAUGCUUGCUUCAGACUUUUCCUUACAAUGGAGAUAAAUCCCAAGGUGCCAGUGAAUCUGCUACGUGCUGGUCGGAUCUUUGUGUUUGAACCUCCUCCUGGUGUAAAGGCAAACAUGCUGAGGACAUUCAGUAGUAUUCCUGUGUCUAGAAUAUGCAAGUCCCCAAAUGAACGUGCUCGUUUGUAUUUCCUCCUUGCCUGGUUCCAUGCCAUCAUUCAAGAACGUUUGCGAUAUGCUCCCCUGGGCUGGUCCAAGAAAUAUGAAUUUGGUGAAUCUGAUCUGAGAUCUGCCUGCGACACCAUAGAUACGUGGCUGGAUGAUACAGCAAAAGGCCGCCAGAAUAUUUCACCAGAUAAGAUCCCCUGGUCUGCUCUGAAGACAUUGAUGGCACAGUCCAUUUAUGGAGGUCGCAUUGAUAAUGAAUUUGAUCAGCGUCUGCUAAACACUUUCCUGGAGCGUUUGUUUACCACUUUGAGCUUUGAUAGUGAAUUCAAACUGGCUUGCAAGGUUGAUGGACAUAAGGAUAUUCAAAUGCCAGAUGGAAUCAGACGUGAAGAAUUUGUCCAAUGGGUUGAGUUGCUGCCAGACACACAAACCCCAUCUUGGCUUGGUUUACCAAACAAUGCAGAAAAAGUUCUUCUCACCACACAGGGUAUUGAUAUGAUCAGUAAAAUGCUGAAAAUGCAGAUGCUAGAGGAUGAGGAUGAUCUCGCUUAUGCAGAAACUGAGAAGAAGGCAAGAGCAGAUUCAACUUCAGAUGGGCGUCCAUCCUGGAUGAGAACACUGCACACCACAGCCUCUAACUGGUUCCAUCUUAUCCCACAAAAUCUAAAUCAUCUUAAACGAACAGUGGAAAAUAUUAAGGAUCCGUUGUUCCGAUUCUUUGAGAGAGAGGUGAAAAUGGGGGCCAAAUUACUUCAGGAUGUCCGUCAGGAUCUUGCAGAUGUGGUUCAGGUUUGUGAAGGCAAGAAGAAACAGACCAACUACUUGCGUACACUAAUAAAUGAAUUGGUGAAAGGUAUUCUGCCUCGUAGCUGGUCUCAUUACACUGUACCUGCUGGCAUGACUGUUAUUCAGUGGGUGUCUGACUUCAGUGAACGCAUUAAACAACUACAGAAUAUUUCCCAGGCAGCUGCUUCUGGUGGAGCAAAAGAACUAAAGAACAUCCAUGUGUGCCUGGGUGGCUUGUUUGUACCUGAGGCUUAUAUUACUGCUACAAGACAAUAUGUAGCUCAAGCAAACAGCUGGUCCCUGGAAGAACUUUGUCUAGAAGUCAAUGUUACAACUACUCAGAAUGCAGUCCUGGAUGCUUGCAGUUUUGGAGUCACAGGUUUGAAGCUUCAGGGAGCUACAUGCAGUAACAAUAAACUGUCCCUUUCAAAUGCUAUAUCAACAAUAUUGCCCAUAACACAGCUUCGCUGGAUCAAGCAGACAAAUGCAGAUAAAAAGGCUAAUGUGGUUACAUUACCAGUUUAUCUGAACUUCACCCGUGCUGAUCUUAUCUUCACUGUUGACUUUGAAAUAGCUACCAAGGAAGAUCCUCGUAGUUUCUAUGAACGUGGUGUUGCAGUCCUCUGCACAGAGUAACAAAAUAACGCUUUCUAACUGGUAAAUUCCGUGUCUUUAAUCUAGUCUACAGUGUUAGUUUUAACUUCCAAGGCAUGGUUAAGUUGUCUUGCUAGAGGCUGGGCUUCUUGCCAGGGUUUCUAGUGAUACUGAUGGUUUGAGGAGGAAUUGGAUGUGGUUUUUAGAUGGCUGUAGUUACAUGUGGUAAUGUUUGGUAGUUCUUACUACAUUAAAUACAUUCUGUAGCAUGA